UCGCGCCGGCCGCGACCGCAAACAGAAACGAAUCGUACACCAAGAACGGUCACGUCCAAAACGUCACUCAAAGGCUAUUUACUUUCCACAACCUACUUCGCGCCGCUUUCGCGAAAGUUCAAGUUGACUUGAAUCUUUUUCCUCGUUCAGUUUGGAAUCGAAGCGACGACACGCAGUCGAAAGUUUACGUUAGAAUUCUGGGAAAAAUGAUCGGUUUCGUUGGUAUUUUGUGCGUUUGUGCGCUGAUCGGUGGUUCGCAGGGAUCGGCCAUACCUAUGUGGGAGUUUUUAAGCAAACAAGAAAAGACUUCAUUUAUCUACUCGAUGUUUGCCAAUCAAGUUGAAAGAUUUUGUGAUGGUUCAGACUUAACGAACUGCAACAGAAGAUUGCUAAAAUAUGGUCUUGGUAUCUUGAGGAAUCUGCCUGAAGAACGGUUGGAUGCCAUGGACCCUUACCAAAGAGGAGCCAACAAUAUAAUUUGGGAAACUCUGAUGACGGGCCACAAAUUCCAGAAGACCACCCCAAAACCACGCAGCACCUCAUCCACCGCCAAACCUAACUCCUACGAAGACCAAUCUUUCUCAGACUACGAAGAUUUCGGUACCCAGAGUGCUGCCAGCGCCAAAAUAGACAACGUCUACGUAGUCGCACCACCUAAGGGCUUCGUACCAAAAGUCCAAACAGAAAAAACUGAAUUCGUCGAACCCAAACCUGAAGAUUCCGCUUCCAGUUACAUCAUCACCUUCAAAAAAUCAGAUGGAAAGGGCGUUUUCAGUCGGUUUCAAAAUCAGUACCGCCCUGUAGCCGUUACAACUGAAAAAAUUGCUCCUAGUACCGAAAAACUGUAUCUCAAUGAGUUUAUUAACCCCCUGUCAGGUCCGAUGGUAGUUAAAGUCUUUCCUGACGGUACUCCGGUGAGGGAAUCCACUCAACUACCCACAGAUGACGAUCUCAGGCAGUACCAACUGCAACACGCCAAAAUUCCAGUGUUUUGAAGUCAAAAGCAUGGAUUUUUUCGACAGUAGUACAAUUUAUUCGAUCGGCCAUGGAUCGAAUAUGUUAUGAAACUUAAAUUUGAAAUUAUGCGGUCAAUUUAGCAAGUUCAUCGCAUGAUUCGGUACUUCCUGUAUUUAGAAAGUGCCCCAGAGUCAAUUGGCUGAAAGAAAUUUGACUGUAGAGACUAAUUUCUUCCUUAUAAAUUAUUUAAGUAUAAGUUUUAUAAUUUGUGAUAUAUGAUAUAUUUCGAUGUAAAAGAAGUAUUUAUUUUGUUUAAGUAGACUUAACGAAGAUCUUGCCUGAAAUACCACAUUAUACAGAGUGUGUUAUUGUCUGUUUCUCUAACGAUAAAUAUAUUAUUGUUAGUAAAACCUGAUCAUCUAUAGAAUGGUUUGAAAUCAGGCUCUGAAUGAAUGCUGUACCAGAAUAAGUGUGGAUUAAUUUAUUGAAUGAUGUGCGCUGUGUUAGAAAAAUCAUAUGUUAUGAUUUUGUUAUAAAUUAUUGUAUAUAUUUUUUGUGAUUAUGAUAAUUAUGUUUGUUUAUGCAUGAAAAUCCUACCGAAAUUUAUACUAUUUAAAUUUACCUAGAUAUUGGUUUUAUGUAUGAUUUUGAUACAUAAUAAAAUGAAUCAAAGUGUAA